AUGACAACUACUGGAAGAAGAUUUGUUUUUAAAGUGGAUGGCUAUACAGGAGGACAUAUCAGAUUCAGUUUAGUCGAAUUUUCCACCGACGGAAGACUUGGCAAUGGAGAAUGCUGUAGAAGUGAUGAUUCAGCAACGAUCUGUAGAUGUAACUUUUAUGUGCACAUCUGUCUUAGUGUUGGAUUUGAAAUUAAAAAGUUUUAUCGAGAUUGUUGGGUUGGUUAUCAUGGAUCGGAUAUGUUGGCGGUUAAUACGCUAACAGAAUCUUACAAUGUCAGUAUACCGUUUACACAAUGGCCAACAACAAGAAUCAGUAUAAUUUUGGUUAAUAUUUUUGGCGUUGUUAGAUGA